GUACGGGGGGGGAUGUGGUUGCGCGCACGUCAAUCCCUGAGGCGCUGGCAGUGCGGGCGCAGGGGGGGAGGGGAGGCUUUGAUCGAUCUCUCCCCGCGGGAGGGCUGGCGGUUGUCGGCUUUCACUGAGUCCACAGGAUGUCUGACAGCGAAGGUAGCAACUUCACUGAUGAUGAGAGUUCCCGCAGCAGUGAGGCGGAGGAGCAAGAGGAAAAUGAGGAGGAGGAAGAGCAGGCCAGUAGGGGUAGCGAGAAAGCCGAGGGAGAAGGGGAGAUAGAGGAAGAGGCUGAAGAAGCUGAUGAGGAGGAGGAAGAGGAGGAGGAAGAGGAAGAAGAGGAAGAGUAUGAUGAAGAAGAAGAUGACGACCGACCGAAGAAGAAACCACGACAUGGAGGAUUCAUCUUGGAUGAAGCUGAUGUGGACGAUGAAUAUGAGGAUGAAGAUCAGUGGGAGGAUGGAGCAGAGGAUAUCCUUGAGAAAGAAGAAAUUGAAGCCUCCAACAUUGACAACCUGGUUCUUGAUGAAGAUCACUCAGGAGCAAGAAGAUUGCUGAAUCACUGGAGAGACAAAAGAGAAGAGGAACUUGGUGAAUACUAUAUGAAUAAAUAUGCCAAGCCAACUGCAGGAGAUCAUUUCUAUGGAGCAUCAGACGAACUCUCAGAUGACAUCACGCAGCAGCAGUUACUGCCUGGUGUGAAGGAUCCUAAUUUGUGGACUGUGAAAUGUAAGAUUGGUGAAGAAAGGGCGACGGCUAUUUCACUGAUGAGGAAGUUUGUCGCUUAUCAGUUUACAGAUUCACCCAUCCAGAUCAAGUCUGUUGUUUCCCCUGAGCAUGUGAAGGGCUACAUUUAUGUUGAGGCUUACAAACAGACUCAUGUCAAGCAGGCCAUUGAGGGUGUGGGGAACCUCAGGAUAGGGUUCUGGAACCAGCAAAUGGUUCCCAUCAAGGAAAUGACAGACGUGCUGAAGGUGGUGAAGGAGGUGACCAACCUGAAACCCAAAUCCUGGGUUCGCCUAAAGAGAGGCCUUUACAAGGAUGACAUUGCACAGGUGGAUUAUGUUGAGCCAAGCCAGAACACCAUUUCUCUGAAACUGAUCCCAAGAAUUGAUUAUGAGCGAAUCAAAGCUCGAAUGAGUUUGAAAGACUGGUUUGCUAAAAGGAAGAGAUUCAAGAGGCCGCUUCAGCGAUUGUUUGACGCAGAAAAAAUCAGAUCACUGGGCGGUGACGUUACCACAGAUGGAGACUUCCUCAUAUUCGAGGGAAAUCGCUACAGCAGAAAAGGCUUCUUGUUCAAAAGUUUUGCCAUGUCUGCAGUUAUUACUGAAGGAGUAAAGCCUACACUUUCUGAGCUUGAAAAGUAUGAGGACCAGCCAGAGGGCAUUGACCUGGAGGUCGUGACUGAAUCAACAGGCAAAGAAAGAGAACACAACUUGCAACCCGGAGAUAAUGUGGAAGUUUGCGAGGGUGAAUUGAUAAACCUGCAGGGUAAAAUUUUGAGUGUGGAGGGCAACAAGAUCACAAUUCUGCCCAAACAUGAGGAUCUGAAGGAUCCUUUAGAGUUUCCAGCCCAUGAAUUGCGCAAAUACUUCAAAAUGGGAGACCAUGUGAAGGUGAUAGCAGGACGUUAUGAGGGAGAUACAGGGCUGAUUGUGCGAGUGGAAGAAAACUUUGUCAUUCUUUUCUCGGACCUAACAAUGCAUGAGCUGAAAGUGCUCCCAAGGGAUUUGCAGUUGUGCUCGGAAACUGCAUCUGGGGUUGAUGCAGGGGGCCAGCAUGAGUGGGGUGAACUGGUCCAACUUGAUCCACAGACAAUGGGAGUCAUUGUCCGGCUGGAGAGAGAGACAUUCCAGGUCCUUAAUAUGUACGGGAAGGUCAUUACUGUACGGCAUCAGGCAAUAACCCGGAAGAAGGACAAUCGCUUUGCUGUGGCCCUGGACUCUGAACAAAAUAACAUUCACGUGAAAGAUAUUGUCAAAGUCAUUGAUGGACCGCACUCGGGUCGUGAGGGUGAGAUUAGACACUUGUAUCGUGGCUUUGCAUUUCUACACUGUAAGAAGUUGGUGGAAAAUGGCGGUAUGUUCGUUUGCAAAACUCGACACUUGGUACUUGCUGGUGGUGCAAAGCCAAGGGACGUUACAAAUUUCACGGUGAGCGGUUUUGCCCCAAUGAGCCCCCGCAUCAGUAGUCCGAUGCACCCCAGUGGUGGAGCCCCUCGGAGCGGUGGGUUUGGGGGACAGGGUGGGAUGGGCCGUGGUCGAGGCCGCAGAGAUAACGAUCUGAUUGGACAGACAGUUCGCAUUUCACAAGGACCAUAUAAAGGUUACAUUGGCGUAGUAAAGGAUGCGACAGAAUCCACAGCUCGGGUUGAGCUUCAUUCCACCUGUCAGACCAUUUCUGUUGAUCGCCAGCGCCUCACUACAGUGGACUCAAAGAAGAAGGGUGGCUUGACAUCUGCUUACAGUCGUACCCCAAUGUAUGGUUCCCAAACCCCGAUGUAUGGCUCAGGGUCUCGGACACCCAUGUAUGGCUCGCAGACACCUUUACACGAUGGAAGUCGAACUCCUCAUUAUGGCUCCCAAACACCAGUUCACGAUGGGAGCAGGACACCAGGGCAAAGCGGUGCUUGGGAUCCUAAUAAUCCCAACACACCAUCCAGGAAUGAUGAUGAGUAUGAUUUCCCUUACGAUGAUGAGCCCACCCCAUCUCCACAGGCGUAUGGUGGAACACCCAACCCACAGACUCCAGGCUACACGGAUGUACCAUCUCCGCAGGUUAACCCUCAAUAUAACCCUCAAACACCUGGAACACCAGCAAUGUACAACACUGACCAGUUUUCUCCAUAUGCAGCUCCAUCCCCCCAAGGAUCUUACCAGCCCAGUCCCAGUCCACAGAGCUAUCACCAGGUCGCACCAAGUCCUGUGGGCUACCAGAAUACUCACUCGCCUGCCAGCUAUCACCCGACACCUUCACCCAUGGCAUAUCAGGCAAGCCCAAGCCCAAGCCCUGUCGGUUAUAGCCCAAUGACCCCUGGGGCCCCAUCUCCUGGCGCAUACAAUCCUCACACACCAGGCUCCAGCAUUGACCAGGGUUCCAACGACUGGGUAACGACAGACAUCAUGGUUAAAGUGCGUGACACCUAUCUGGAUGCGCAAAUCAUAGGGCAGACUGGAGUGAUCCGCAGUGUGUCGGGUGGCCUGUGUUCUGUCUAUCUGUCCGACACUGACAAAGUGGUCAGCAUCUCAAGUGAGCACCUUGAACCCGUCACCCCUGUGAAAAACGAUAAGGUCAAGGUGAUUCUGGGUGAAGAUAGGGAAGCCACAGGUAUGCUACUAAGUAUUGAUGGCGAGGAUGGAAUUGUUCGAAUGGAAUUGGAUGACCAACUGAAGAUUCUCAACCUGAGGUUUCUUGGGAUCCUCAGUGAAGAAGGAGCAUUGAGUGCAGCGUCAUCUGGCAAAGAUGUAUAUAGUCGAAAGUAAAACUCUUUCCUGUGGACUUUUUGUGUUUGGAUUUUUAGGUUUUUCCCUCUUCUCCCUUGUGUUCUUGCUUUGGUAAUGUCUUGCUUAUUGUGGCCAGAUGUUAGCAGUGGUUCAUUCAAAAGACCGGAAACAGCAGCAACCAGCCAUGUGAGCGAAUGGAUGAAUGCAGUUUAGUUUGACGGCAAAAAGCAAUGAUGGCUGAAUUUUCUUUUUUAAGAACAUGUUGGAGACGUGGAAUGGGUUAUUGAUGUAUUUUGUUUUUUUUUUAAGCAUAACACAAUGAUUUGUGUGUGAAUAGCUAACUGAGUCUUUACGCGUGAGGCUUGGAGUGAAAGUGAAUACUUUUUGUAGCGAUCGAAUAGUGCUCCUUCGGGACAAUACUGAAGGCUAUUUUUGUAAUAAUUAGGAGCAUUUGUACAGGUGUGAGAAGUCACAUGAAGGAAUAGACAGUUUUGACAAAAAAUAACUGCAACUAUUUUUUAACAAGCUAAUUAAAAAGAGGUCCACUGUGUAAAUUUCUAUUAUUGAAAGCUUUUUACUUUGGUGCUUGUUUUGAAAGCAUUUGUAGGAUACUUUGAAAUUAACUUAAUACAGGAUAUUCCAUUUCCAAGUUUCAAGGGUAAAUCUCGAAAGGUUUGGAAUAACGUUAGGGCUAAUGGUAUUAGUUUGUUCCUCAUGGUCCAGUCCCUUGACGUGCUGCUUCUUCUUCUAGAUCCCUUCUGCUUGCAUUUAGGUUCAGUCAACAUGUCCAGUUUCAAAGAUUACAUAAAGGGCAGCCCAGAAUAUAUUUAGGCAUAGUGAGGCACUGAAUAAUCUACCGAAUGAGAAUUGGACUUUUAAACUAACUUGAAACCGAGAGUGUAUAUCAAUUUGAUUUAAAUCCUCUGCUUUUCAGACUCUAGGGAAUCAAAGGGAAAGAACAUGGAGAUGCUCUGUUUUUCUCUGGAUACGCUGGAGAUUUGCAGCAGGUUAUGAGUGAAUGAUGAGCAGUGUGAGUGAUUGGAAACUAUGCUCCCUGUGUCAUGCACUGGAUGUUUUUUUUCCCCCGCAAACAUUAAAAAGUAGAGAUGGGCAUUGCUUUCGAGAUUUUGUUCCUGAUGCUGGUGUGGCAUUUGCAGAUGGGAGAAGUUUUGCACAGGCACCCAUUAUCUUACACAAAAUGGCAAAGGUGUAUGUGAACAAGAAUUUUUUUCCCAAUAAGCUGUGUAUCUGUAUGGUGUUUUCCUCUCCCUGAAUGGUGGGCGGCAAGUGCCUGUGCCCCAUGUUUGCUCUUUUGCACAUCCUCCCUCAGCUUAGGCUGAGGAACUGAUUGUCACCAUCUGCUUUGUGUAAAACACUAGCACAGUUUCUGAGCUGACGUAGCCUGCAUUAGUUGUCCCCAUUUCUCCUAUAUCUUAAGGCUGACUACAUGUGGAAUCCUGCUCAAGGUUUAGCCAGAGUAACGAGUGAGAGUUGUGAUGGUGCUUUCACCAUGGUACUCUUGGGUUACCAGACUCUCGGUGUAUGUUUUCAUCUGUUGCAAGCCCAGCAAUGCAGUAGAAAAUGUCUGAGGUCCAAACAUAGCUUUGAAGUGUUUAAGUUAAAAUGUUAAAAGUUGAAACGCGAUGGCAUGUCAGCUUUGCUAAUGGAGUGGGAUGGUUUGGAUUCCUGAGCUUGGCUGCAUCACCGAGACAAUGAGCAGAGUCGAAAUCUUAGAGGGAAAUUAUUGCUGGGCUCCUCUUUCAUCUCCAGAGCUGCCCAAAACAUAACUGACACGUGGACCAGUUGUAGUAUGUACUCAGGGGAAUGGAGGAUAACAUAGGAGUCUUGCUCUCAAAUUGGAAAAGCUGUGCACAGAUUUUGAAUGCGGACGCAACCUAAUAAAGCGUCUGAAGCUGCAAAAAAAGAGAAUUUGACUGACUAGUUUCACAAAAGCACUGAAUCUGCUUAAGAUUUCUCAAUCAACUAUGCUCUUCAAGUUUCUGGCGCUCUGAUUCACUGUUUAGGAACAUGCUGCAUGUUCAUUCCCCACAUUGCCAAUUGGAAGAAUCUCCUGCAUGUCCAAUGUCAGUCAACCAAUUAGUAUGAUAUAUUCGAUAAGUAUAUGGUUAAAAAACAAAAGAAAUCUUAGAAAUUGGGGUAGAUGUUUUCCUUCUUGGACUGGUGUGUUAGUUUGGAACACACUUGUGAAAUUGGAUAAGCUGCAAAUGCUCAGUCCUAUUCUAUUCAACAAAGAGAGAACGUUCAGGAUAUUGUUAUUUUACAAUGGCCACUGCUAAGGAUCUGUUUCUGCUCAACUUGUUUGCUCAAUGUCUCCUCCUGAUGUAAAGUGUAUUUCUGUGGUUUGGAAAUACCACUGUAUGGCCAAUAUUUGAGCUUGUAAACCCAUUUUUGUUCUGAAUGGAGUCAAUAAAAAAGACUUGCAUAUCUUAAAAA